GAAUCAGACCUUGGGAAUGGAAAUUUCGGCUCCGUCAAGUUGGGUAGUUACAAGUACAAGGGCAGGAACAUCCCUGUCGCCGUGAAAACUUUAAAAAAUUCUGAUAUCAACGCUGAGAAAGAGUUGAUGUGUGAAGCUCGAUUGAUGGCCCAACUGGAGCACCAGUACAUUGUGAGGAUGAUUGGCGUGUGCAAGUCCGACCAGAUCAUGUUGGUUCUUGAACUUGCUGCCCUUGGACCCCUCAACAAAUAUCUCAAGAAAGUUCCUAAAAUGUCGAUGAGUAACAUCCAGCUGCUGAUGAAUCAAGUUGCCCAGGGCAUGGCCUACUUGGAGAGCAAAUCUUUCGUCCACAGGGAUCUCGCCGCCAGGAAUGUUCUUCUUGCCAAUGACACACACGCAAAGAUCAGUGACUUUGGCAUGAGUAAGGCCAUAGGCAUUGGAAAUAAUUACUACAAGGCCAAUGAGACAGGUAGGUGGCCGCUGAAAUGGUACGCUCCUGAAUGUCUCUACUUCUACAGGUUCGAUUCAAAAUCAGAUGUCUGGAGUUAUGGAGUGACACUCUGGGAGGCCACAUCGUAUGGGAAUAAACCUUACAAGGGCAUGAAGGGGGCAGCUAUCUUAGAAAUGCUGGACAAUGAUGAACGCAUGGAGAGGCCGACCGAAUGCCCACAACACCUCUACGAUCUGAUGCUGGAAUGCUGGAAGAGAAAGUUAGAUACCAAUAGAUCCUAUAUCUUUAUUCUGCUGCUGUUCCAUUGA